UUCAAUCGUUAAUAUCUUUAACAAAAUAUUCAAUAAAUUUUUUUAAAAAUGUUCAAAUAUAUUAUUGUAAUUUGUGCCGUAAUUGCAUUCACUUAUGCUAGACCAAGUGUAUUUGCAGCACCAGCUGUAGCAUUACAUGCAGCACCAGUUGCUGUAGCUGCUGCUCCAGUUGUAACAGCAACUAGUAGUCAAUAUCAAGUACGUAAUCAUAAUCAUGUUCUUGCUACAGCACCAAUUGUAGCAGCAGCACCAGCUGCUGUUGUAGCAGCACCAGUAGCAACAUCAUAUGCAGUAUCAAAUAGUUGGAAUUUACCAUAUGCUGCAGCCACUUAUGUUAUAUAAAAAAAUUUUUCAAUAUAAUUAUAAUUUUAUAAUUUAUAAAUGAUUAGUGAAUAGAAGAAAUGAUUUAAAUAUAAAUUGAUAUGUACAAUAUUAUUGUUAGAGAAUAACAAACAAAAUCUAUCGUGUGUUUUUAAAAUUAAAAUUUUCUCUUAUAAUUUUCUAGAAAGCCAAAUAAUAUGGAAAUGGGAAACAAAUUCACGUGAGUUCAAAGCUUUUGUUCUGAAAUUGAUUUUUUGUUAAUUUCAAAUAUGAAUUUGAUUUACUGGUGAAGCGUUUAAUAAUAUAGUUCCGGCCAGGAUUCCCUUCCAACUUUUAA